ACGUUUGAACUGAGCGCGGCACAGCAAAGCUCUUACCAAAACAGCUAGGAUAGGUUUUGUAUAUAGCUAGUUAUUUGUGCAAAAACAAAACUACGAUAUUAACGUGGGAAGACAUGAAGGGGAGAUUUGAAGAGCAAAGUUAAAACCCAAAGAGUCAUCUGUGUGUUCACGAACAAUGCCAAUUCGAGCCUACUGCACAAUCUGUUCGGAUUUCUUCGAUCACUCUAAAGAUGUGGCAGCCAUUCACUGUGGCCAUACCUUCCAUUAUGAAUGUCUUCUCCAGUGGUUCCAGACAGCCCCUAAUAAAACCUGUCCACAGUGCCGAAAACAGGUCAGCACCAGGCAUAUCAUCAACAAGCUGUUCUUUGACUUGGGAGGAGAGGAGGAGAGUUCGGCUGUGGACCCAGAGAGUUUGCAGAAUGAACUUGAUAGACUGAAAGUGCUCCUUAGUGCCAAAGAAAAAGACUGGCGGGAACAACAUAAGCUUGUAAAGGCCUUGAAGGAGACUGUGGACAGGCAGAAAGUGGAUCUGGUGACUGUGAAGAAGGAGAUAAUAGACAAGGAGACCAUCUGCUCAGCAUUGCGGAAGCAGAUGAAGUUCAUGCAAAACCAGCAGGAUGAGGUGCAGUCUGCUAAGGAAGAGGCCCAACGCAUGAGGACCAAGUUGAAAACCUACGAGAGUCUGAACCUGGUUCUGCAGGGACACCGUGAAGAGGUGGAGGCUAUGAUCACAGACAUGGGGGUGGGCCAUUCUGCUGUGGAGCAGCUCUCCAUCUACUGCAUCUCUCUGAAGAAGGAGUAUGAGAACCUGAAAACCAGCCACAGGUCCUCCAAUGACAUCUGUGAGAAGCUCAGGAGGGAGUUAUUUGCAUCCACCAGCAAGUUGCAGAAAGCCACAGUGGAAAUGAGCAGGAUGAAAGAGGAGAUAAAGGCCAUGCAGGAAGACCUGAGUAACUCUGAUAAAGAGAUCACUAGCCUAAAGAAGAAGGUGGAGAUAUUGCAGAAAACGCUGAGCACACCCACUCGCACCAAUGAGGCUUUUAGUAGGCUGUUCACUGAGAGCCCUGUGGCUGUGGAGCUGAGGCAGCCUCGACUUCACCAGCCCCAGGGGAGCGGGGACAUCGACCUCAACGUCACCUUCGACGUGUCCACCCCUGAACUGAACAGAAAGCCCAGGAAUGUCCCUUCCAAGAAGAUGCGGCUGGACCCUGCGGACUCCUCGUCUUCAGCGCACACCGACCGCUCCUCUGCAGGAAGCAAGAGCCGUGCCCUGGAAGAGGAUGUCCCCAUGCAGCCCUUCCUGUGCAACUCCAUCCUGUUCAGGAAGAAGACUUUUGGGAGCAUGCUGGAUCCCCAGCGCAGCAGAGUAGGCGCUGUGAGAACUGGCUACGAUGGUCUAGGAGGAAGAACCAAAUUCAUUCAGCCUUCUCCCCUGGCAGAAAUCCGGCCUCUGGUGAUGAAGGGGAAGAGGAAGAAGGUGACCCGGCCGCCCACUGGCAAGCUGCCUGCCUGUGUCACCACCCUGGACAGCUUCCUGGAGGGAACAGGCCUCGACCAUCAGGCCAUCAACCACCUCAAGUCUUCAGCUGUGCUAGAGGACAAAUCCUAAACAGUCUUGACAAGGGACAGCCCACUGUAGUGAUAAAAACAGUGCUCCUCACUCCUGGUCCUGGAGAGCUGCAGGGUGUGCUGGUGUUUGUUCUCGCCUCAAUGUCAGCAACCAAUUCAGACCCAAGAAGCCAGGUGAGGUGAGUUAACUGUAAUUAACUGCUUUAAUUGAUCAAUUAAGUGCUGAGUAAUUAAGUAGCCAGUGCACUCUGCGGCUGUCCAGGACUGGGAAUGAGGUCUGUCCACUGUGAUGGAGGAAUAAGGGAGGGGGCAAAUCGUGGCUUCCAACAGUGGCCACUAGAAGCCACUCUUUAGCCACGCACAGUUCCUUUGAGAUCUGCAUUCAUCCUGUAGCAGACUGAGGUGAACAAGUGGGGCUUACCCUUAAAUUUGUGCACUUGCAGUUUGUCUUUUUUAAUGUAGCUGGAAAGUCUUCUGCCUUUAGUGGAAAGAGAGUUUCUCCCACAACACUCAAGCCAGGCACGGUAAGGGAGCUAGGGUGGCCGUUAUGGGCUUUAAAGUUGGGGAAGUAGGGAGAUGGACAUUUUUAGAGCUGUUGUCAUGUUCCAUAAAAAUAUAUUUUCAUCAGGCAUUUCAUUCUGUGUUACUGUCUGUUACUGCAUGCAGUGAGUCAGUGUGCAGGCCAGGCUUGCUCCUAAUGUGCUGUGUCACCUUUUUGUAUCAUCACAGUCCAUUUCAAUUGCAUGAAGUGUAACCGCAAUCUGUCUGAAUGAAUGACGGCUUAGUUCUGCAGGGGAUUUACACCAUGCUAUACACAACUGGUUAUUUAUUUGUGAUUUAUAAGAAUGUUUUUCCAUGUCAUUUUAAUUUGUGUCUGUCCCUGUAAGAAAUCUUGUCUUUAUAUGUGUGAAUUUGAAGAUGUGUAUGGUCCUUUAUGUAAUAAACUACAAUUUCCACUUCA